AAUGCUGUGGGGGGAAUGCAUCAGCACAAAGAGAAAGCACAGUCUAAUGCACUUGAGAAGAAAGAGCUCAGCAACUUGUCAGAGCAUCUGAUACCAGGCAUAGUCAAUGUGACUCCCAGGCAGGCUGCAUGCCAAACUGUCAGGGUUUCGCUCAGUGCAAAAGCCCCUGACAGACUAGUAUGUAACAUGCCUUGCAGACACAACACACAUCUCACGCUAGCAGCUGUGCCUGGACUCUUCUGCUUCAGCAAAAAGGGCCGUCUCAGAAUAGCUGCUGACGUCACAUAGGUGUCAACUGGCAACCACUGUGACUAUGAACGAUGUGUCCCCUUCUGUGUCUGCGCCAGCUAUUUAACUGCCUGCAUUCACUUUCAAGUUCAAAGUAUCUAAGCGGUGGCACUUUCACAGCCAGACAGAGAAAGAAGGCUGUCAAUGAGAUCUGCAGAGUGAGGGCAAUGGGAGACUUGUAGUAAAGGGGGAUAACAGUCAUAGACAUUGGAGGAGGUAUGAAUAUUGCCUGACAUGACAGCAGUUUUCCUAUCACUGUUUGUCAAAUGGGGCUGUUUAAACAGGGCUGGUCCUUGUUCAGACAGUUACCCUUAUAGUCAAUUACAUCUUUGCUUGCUGAAGACCUCCCAAAUUCAUGGAUAAUAAACAAAAUCCAUGUCCUUGGUUUUUUUGCUAUGGUCAGAUUUUUUUACUUCUUAUUAUGAAUUUCGGGCUGCUGGCGGGACAAGUCCAAUGUUGCACAGAGGAAUGUCACUGUGAGCACUUAAUAGUGAACUGCACGGACAAGCAGAUGGAAGAGUUUCCCACGGCAAUCCCAAUGGACACCAGGCAGCUGGUUCUAACUCGCAAUAAUCUCACCUAUCUUCCUUCUGUGGAGCUAAACCUCUUGAUUGACCUGGUGUACUUGGACUGUAGCCGCAAUAUGCUGGGAGAUUCUCUGGAGGCUACGUUCAUUGCUUUGCCCUUGGUUUACCUGGACCUGAGUCACAACAACAUCUCUAAAAUAACUGCAAGUACUUUUUAUCUUCUCAACAACCUCGUAGUUCUAAAGCUUUCAGACAACCCCAACCUGCAAGAGAUUGAGAAGGACUCUUUUGCCAACAAUACAGGGCUACGUCACCUGGACCUCAGCGGAACAGCCCUGACGUAUCUGGAUGUGAGUACAGUGAGCUCACUGCCAAGUCUACGAACACUAGGCCUCAGCUUUAGUCCUUGGGACUGUUACUGCCCUCUAAAAGAGUUCCUCAAGUGGGUGAUGGAGACUGAUGUUUACUUCAUAGAUGCAGAAAAUAUGACGUGUAACACUCCUAUUCAUAUACGUGGCCUACUUCUGAAAGAUACAGAACCCCACAUCAACCUAAUGUGCAUUCCCAGCCUGUACGAACGAGACUACCUUUUUCUCGGACUAGUGGGAUUUGUUAUCUUUGGUUCUGGCAUUGUUAUAGCGUGGCUGACUGCUGUUUGUGUUGUCAUCUAUGACCGUUUGUGCGGUUCCACUGAUGAUGAUGAAGAUGAGGAUGAAGAACCUCCUCCACCCCCAAAACCAAAGAAAAAAGAAGAAUCAGAUGUAUAGACAUGUGUAGAUGCCAACAGGGUUCAGCAACACUAUCUGUUGUGCAGUAAAACAAUACAUUGGAUAAGAGAAUCAUCUUCUGAUGGAUAAAGGAGAUGAUGAACGGACCUGAUUUGCAAUAAUUAGCUGUAGUAGCUCGAGCUGGAAAGCAAACAACUCCAGAACCACAUGAUUGCACUUCAUCUAGAGACCACUUGGCCAGGCUGCCUAUAAAGAGGUUAACUUAUAAUGUAGUGAAAAUAACCGCAGCUUCAUUUGGUAAAUCACUGCAGAAAAUAUAUGACCUAAAUGAGCAGCAGAGGAGUGGCCUCGUGGUUAGCACUUUUAUCUUGCAUUACCAGGGUCCUGGAACGUUGCCCUUAGUGUGUUUGUGCUAAGGUAUCAACUUUAAAUAGUAAGCUCCACUGGGGAAUGGACUAGUUUAAAUGUGGGGGAGAAACUCUGCAAAGCCCCAUGAUAUUUGUUGUCUACAAAUAAAGGAUAGUAUAGGUCCUUGCCCACCCCCAAGGACCUGCAUUAAUACUUUUAAAUACGUAAUAAAUUAAUAUUAAUUAAUACUGGGGGGUCAGGGCAUUAAGGAGUGAUGAGGCAUUUGCUACUUGUCUUUUAUGUUGUUUUAAGAGUUAGAAGAAAUUCAGCAGAACAUCAUUCUAGCACUGUACCUAACCUCACUGUGAUACUGUACAUAACCUCAGAAUGACUUCUGUCCAUUAAGACCUGAUUCUGUCCACAUAUCAUUGACACGUUGCACAGACUGACAGUACUUUUAAUGCCCACUUCCAGGCAGGCCCGGACUGGCAAUCUGUAGGUUCUGGCAAAUGCCAGA